AUGGCGGAAGCUACUCAUGUCUUUGUGCAUGUGCGACAGCGGCUCGACGCGCUUACUUACGACGGUCAUUCCCAGUAUCUCUUAAGCUCAUUACCCGUUGUGUCUCCAUUUCAGCCACCAGUCGUACAGACUAGUCGACGACGAGUAACAGUCUGUGGCUCGCUUUUGUGGUACGCAGGGCUUACAACAUUUUACUUUCGUCUGGUGGUACUUUUGGGUACAGGAUGGUUACUUGCCAUGGUUGAAUCUAUCACAUUUCUCUAUGCACGUCCAGCAGCUCAGGAAGACAUUGCCAUAACCAGUCCGAAUGAAGCAAUAUUACUAUUUGGAGUAUCGUUUUUUGGUGGAGGGCUAGGCUGUUUAGUAUCUGGAAUUAGUGCCGACUACUUUGGACGCAGACCAGUUCUCUUAAGUUUACAAUGUUUUUGGAUUAUUAUUAAUGCGCUGACAGCAGGAGCAUGGAAUUACGCAUCUCUCGUGACUCUCCGAUUGUUAGCAGGUGUGGGAAUUGGAGGUCAAAUGCCUCUUUUGGCCAUUCUAGCGCUUGAAUUCUCACCAACAAGGACACGUGGGAUAGUUAUUAUCCUUUCUGUUUCUUUUGCUGGAUUAGGUAUCUUUCUUGGCGUUGGAUAUGGUCAAUUAAUGAAUACAGAGAAGGAACUUGGAUGGAGAUUAAUGCACUUUGUUUUGAGUGCCAUUGCACUAGUCAUACUAAUCAUAUUUUAUAUGACUGUGGAUGAAUCACCAAAAUUUUUAGCAAGUGUCGGUCGAUCUGACGAAGCGUUUUCUGUUUUAAAUAAGAUUGAAAUGGUACAUGGCAUUACACGUUCAGUGCGCGUGACUGUACCUACAAGUCUCUAUGAACCACCGUCACAACAGCCUCAAAGUAAUUAUGAAUGGUAUGUAGAAAGUUUUGACUCGAAUUCAAACAUAGAAAUGGACAUGCAAAGGCAUGACGGGGAUGACGACGGCAUUCGAAGCUCGAGCUCAAAGCCUGUACCAGGGAUGGAAGUGACUAAAGCUUGCACUCAAAGUCAACGUAGCUCGACUUCUCGGUUACAAAAUCAGAGUCAGAGUUACGAGUGUACGCACCGAUUAGACAAUCGUGGGAUUCCAUUAUACAACUUUGCGUUUGUCACAAACACAUCAUUUCGAAGCGCACUCAGUCAUCGACUAGUAGUGCUUUUCUCUCAUUCUAUGGCUCGACGGACGACUAUGAUUUGGUUCUUUUGGUUUGCUGAAAGCACAUGUUGCAGUGGUGCAAUCUUGACAACAUUAGCAAUGGCAAAAACUUUUCAACAAGUCAAAAACAGUGACCCAGACCUAACUCUUUUUGACCAACUUUUGUGGGCUUUUUUAUUAUUUCCGGGUAUUCUUUUGAAUACUGCAAUAAUCGAACGGCUCGGUCGUCGUGUGACGUUAGGACUCUUCUUAUUUUGUAGUGGUAUAAUCAUGGUAAUAUCUGCUUGGAUUCUACAUGAAGAUAGCAAAUGGACUGAAUUUAUUUUGGCAUUUGGUGUUAUGAUUGUGUCCAUUGGUGGCUCAAUUGGUGCGUUGAUUGUUUUGACUAGCGAGCAAUUUCCGCUCGUGACCCGAGCACUUGGCAUCUCGACGGCUGCUGCAUGGUGCCAUUUUGGUACAUUCUUAGGCGUGUAUCUCGUUUUUCGACGGUAUUUAGAUGAUACACAUUGGACGUGGCAACAAAAGCGCUGGACACUUGCAGUCUAUGGUGCACUGGUUCUCGUGCUUUUACCGCUCAUUCUUUUGAUGGGUCCAGAAAAGCAUGGACGCGACAUUGAUGCUUUGUUUGUCCAAGAUCCUCAAGAAAAUUGUGCAAAUUCGAAUCGAGAAUCCUCUUCCCAACUCUCUGCCUCAUCAAGUGGUCCCACAAAUACGCGUCAUUGUGUCUUAAGUAAACGUAUUGAUAAUGCACUCAAGAGUUCCGAAAAAGAGGAUUCGCUAAGAAAGCACGUGAAAUUUUCGAAUAUGAAGCAAUGUGAAAGUGAGACCCAAGAAAAUUCAUGUGAAUCUUCGCUAUCUAGUGAUGAAAUUAGUGAGCAUGAUGCGAUAGGAGCAGGACAUGACAGACACCAAAAUCUCCGAUUAAAUUUGCAUGAGAACCAGAGUUUACGACCCUCAAUCUUGGAAAAUUUAGAGCCCAUUCUGAUAGACUGGCGUCACUCCCUCUCCAGUUCGUGUUCGGAUUCAAAAAUUGUCGAUUCGGAUUCGAAUGUACCAUGUACGAACGAUGCUCACUUGAGUGCAGCAGAACGGUUUAGUAUUAAUCUUGAAAUGUUUGAUACAUUUACGUUCAUUUCGACGCCUGUGUUGGGUGGUGAUAAUUGCACACACCAUGAACAUCGUAAAGAGAGCAACUCACAUAAGCUGUGA